GGAUUAAAGUGCAAAGACUUCAAGCUGGGCAAAGCACACUGAUCUGCCUUUUUAACAGCUAGACCUGUGUGCAACGAGGAGCUAAAGGCUUCAGUGUCCCCCUUCCUUACCCAGGUGACGCACAGAAUGGAUUCCCAGCGGGAACUCACAGAGGAACUGCGGCUUUACCAAUCUACUCUUCUUCAGGACGGUCUAAAAGAUCUCCUGGAUGAGAACAAGUUCAUCGAUUGCACCCUGAAAGCAGGUGACAAAGGCCUGCCUUGCCACCGAUUGAUUCUGUCCGCUUGUAGCCCUUACUUCCGUGAGUAUUUUUUAUCUGAAAUUGAGGAGGAGAAAAAAAAGGAGGUCAUCCUAGAUAACGUGGACCCUGCUGUUCUGGAUUUAAUCAUUAAGUACCUGUACUCUGCCAGUAUCGACCUCAAUGACGGCAAUGUGCAAGAUAUUUUCGCUUUGGCCAGCCGCUUCCAGAUCCCCUCGGUGUUCACUGUGUGUGUUUCGUAUCUUCAGAAAAGACUUGCUCCUGGAAACUGUCUAGCCAUCCUGAGAUUAGGACUUCUUCUGGAUUGCCCCAGACUUGCCAUCUCGGCCCGGGAAUUUGUGUCAGAUCGCUUCUUACAGAUUUGUAAGGAAGAGGACUUUAUGCAGCUGUCAACGCAGGAAUUGAUCUCAGUCAUUUCAAACGACAGCCUUAACGUAGAAAAGGAAGAAGCCGUAUUUGAAGCAGUGAUGAAGUGGGUGCGAACAGACAAAGAAAACAGGGUAAAGAGCCUUAAUGAAGUGUUCGAUUGCAUUCGUUUUCGCCUCAUGGCAGAAAAAUAUUUUAAAGAUCACGUUGAGAAAGACGAUAUCAUUAAAAGCAACCCUGAUCUCCAGAAAAAAAUGAAAGUUCUCAAAGACGCCUUUGCAGGGAAACUCCCAGAAGUUGGCAAAACGGCAGAGAAGGCUGAGGGCAGUGAGGUGAACGGUGAUGUGGGUGAUGAAGACUUACUCCCGGGUUAUCUGAAUGACAUUCCCAGGCAUGGGAUGUUUGUCAAAGACCUCAUCCUCUUGGUAAAUGACACAGCUGCCGUGGCCUAUGAUCCCACUGAGAACGAAUGCUACCUAACUGCACUGGCAGAACAGAUUCCCCGAAACCAUUCCAGCAUUGUUACCCAACAAAACCAGGUCUACGUGGUAGGAGGUCUGUAUGUGGAUGAAGAAAAUAAGGAUCAACCUCUGCAGUCAUACUUCUUCCAGCUUGAUAGUGUAUCAUCUGAGUGGGUUGGACUUCCACCUCUGCCUUCAGCCCGGUGUCUGUUUGGUCUGGGAGAAGUAGAUGACAAGAUCUAUGUAGUUGCUGGCAAAGACCUUCAAACAGAGGCUUCGCUGGAUUCAGUAUUGUGCUACGAUCCUGUAACUUCAAAAUGGAAUGAAGUGAAAAAACUUCCUAUCAAAGUCUAUGGCCAUAAUGUGAUUUCACAUAAGGGGAUGAUCUAUUGUCUAGGAGGAAAGACAGAUGAUAAAAAGUGUACAAACAGGAUGUUUAUCUACAACCCCAAAAAAGGAGAUUGGAAGGAUCUGGCUCCAAUGAAAACACCUCGGUCGAUGUUUGGUGUGGCGAUCCAUAAAGGCAAAAUUGUGAUCGCAGGGGGUGUCACUGAAGAUGGCCUUGCAGCUUCGGUUGAAGCAUUUGACCUCACAACCAAUAAAUGGGAAGUAAUGCCCGAAUUUCCUCAAGAAAGAAGCUCUAUCAGUCUAGUCAGCCUGGCUGGAUCCCUGUACGCCAUUGGAGGAUUUGCCAUGAUCCAACUGGAAACUAAAGAGUUUGCACCCACUGAAGUCAACGACAUAUGGAAGUAUGAAGACGAUAAAAAAGAAUGGGCUGGGAUGCUGAAGGAAAUCCGCUAUGCUUCUGGAGCUAGCUGCUUAGCAACACGUUUAAAUCUCUUCAAACUUUCUAAACUAUAAACCAGAGGUGAAAAAAAAGUAAUACAUUGGGAGGUGAUCUGUUUGGAUAAUAGGGUUUUAAUUUAUUUUUUUAAGUCUAUACAGAGACAUUAGUGUAGAAAUUAUUCACUAAGUUAUUAUCCAGAAGGUUAGCAGUGGUUCCCAAAACCUCACUGAAUUAUCAAUGUGGUAACCAGUGCUUAACACCAUUUUCUACAAAAAAAAUUAGUUUGAACAGAUUAUUUCAUAAUAUACCACUUGAUUGC